GUCUGUUAUUCAGUCUGCUGCUCUCUACUUGCUUUAAGCACAAUAAAUUAGUCUCAGGUUAUCUUUAGCAAUGGUUCGGGUUGAGGAGCUUCUCCUGCAACCUACAAGCACAGGCAUGUUGCUCGGUCUAUUUAUGAUGUUAUUGCUGGUUGUUUAUUACCUUUCUUCUGAUGUCAAAUCUCAGGAGGGAAACAAGGAACCUCCAGGACCUAAACCACUGCCUAUCUUGGGAAACAUUCUUCAGCUAAACCUCAAGAGACCCUACCUGACUCUAUGUGAAAUGUCAAAAAAAUAUGGAUCAGUAUUUACUGUGUAUUUUGGGCCUAAGAAAGUCAUCGUCUUGGCAGGAUAUCAAACUGUCAAACAAGCGCUGGUAAAUUAUGCAGAGGAAUUUGGAAACAGAGAUAUCACUCCCAUAUUCUUCGACUUUAACAAAGGACAUGGAAUUCUGUUUAGCAAUGGUAGGAACUGGAACGAAAUGAGACGAUUUUCACUCACCACACUUCGAGACUUUGGGAUGGGCAAAAGAGGAAGUGAGGAGAAAAUCAUAGAAGAAACACACUAUUUAAGCAAAGUGUUUAAAGAUUUUCAAGGGAAACCAUUUGAUACCUCACAGCCUUUAAAUUAUGCCACCGCAAAUGUCAUCUCAGCCAUUAUGUAUGGUAGCAGGUUCCAAUACAGUGAUCCUGAGUUCAAAGAAAUGAUUACCCGGACCAAUGAGAACAUCAAACUUACUGGCUCACCUUCUAUUCAGAUCUAUAAUGUGUUUCCAUGGAUUGGCUGCUGGCUGAAGAACUGGAGACUUAUAAUGGAAAACUAUAAGAUAAAUGUAAAGCAAAUGAAAAAGUUUUUGGACAAUUUGGAGGAGACACUAAAUGUUGAGGAUACCAGAGGCUUGGUUGACGCUUUUUUUGUCCACAAAAAGAAUGCAGAGAAAGCUGGAGAUAAGGACAGUUUGUUUCAUGAACAGAAUCUUAUGAUGACAGUUUUUAACUUGUUUGCUGCUGGUUCUGACACAACUAGCACAACACUGUGCUGGUGCCUUCUGCUAAUGGCCAAGUAUCCCCAUGUUCAGGAACGUGUCCAUAAAGAGAUUGACAGUGUCAUUGGAGCUCGUCAGCCAGUGCUGGAGGACAGGAAGUAUUUGCCCUACACAGAUGCCGUGAUCCAUGAAACUCAGAGACUUGCUAACAUAGUACCUAUGAGUCUCCCCCAUGCCACUAGUUGUGAUGUUACAUUUCAAGGAUUCUUCAUCAAAAAGGGCACAUGUGUGUUUCCUCUCCUGACAUCUGUGUUGUAUGAUGAGAGUCAGUGGGAGAGCCCACAUACCUUUAACCCCGCACAUUUCCUAGAUGAGCAAGGCCGAUUUGUUAAGAAAGAUGCCUUCAUGCCUUUUUCUGCAGGGCGCAGGUUGUGUCUUGGAGAGAGUCUGGCCAAGAUGGAGCUCUUCCUCUUUUUCACCUUCUUACUGCAGCACUUCCGUUUCACUCCUCCACCAGGGGUGUCUGAGGAACAGCUGGACCUCACUCCAGCUGUGGGCUUCACCUUGAACCCCUCUCCUCACAAGCUGUGUGCAGUUAGCCGUGCAUAAAAUAUAUACUCUUAAUGCCUUAAUUUACUAAAACUCAAGCAUGUUCUUAGUUAUAGUCACAAAGUAGAGAAAUUUGUAACUUGAAUUAUGCAACAAACUCAUGCUUUGAUUAUGUUUGCAAACAAACUCUGAAAGACAGUAGUCGAAUUGUAAAAAGAAAAAAAAGAAAAAGAAAAAGUGGGAUGGUGUGGUCAAGUAUUUAUUGAUUUAUUUUGCUAUAACUAAACAUACAAAAUGAUUGCAAAAUAUGCAAAAUUUUUAAGAACAGUUUACUUUAAGCUUCAUUAAAUCAACUUGGAGCCAUCAAAACAUGUACAUUUAAACAUGCAAUUGUCAAAAUUAUCAUUUGAUGCUUUCCAUGGUUUUUAUCUGGAUUAUAAAAGUACAAUAAAAAUCUACAUAAACAUUAGUAAUUAAAUAAUUUAAUAAUACUGUGACUACCCACCUCUCUCUCUCUUUCUCUCUCUAACACACAAGCUCGCACACAAAUAAUCAUGUGAUCAUCAUCAAUGACUAUUAUGGCAUUUAAAAAUGAAUUUUUGACUCGUUUGCACCCAAGCAUGUACCUGUAGGUGAAGCCACAAAUCUGAUGAAAAAAAAAAAAUUUUUAACAACUUUUUUAAAUUGAGAAUAAAAUUAAACAAAUUGGGUAAAAAACUCGUCUUUUAUAGUUAUUAAAGCUGUCAAUCAUUACAACCUGUGUUAAACGGAAUCUUUUGUUUUCAUUGCGUCUCCGCUGAGAGGAUUUGUGCAUAUGUAUCAUAACUUCAGUUCUCCCCUACUUUGAAAGCUGUGCUUAAACUGUUCACUUGGACACUGCGAAAAUGCGAACAGUGUGACUAAUGACGCAAACUCGCGUGAGCUUGUGAGCAUAUUGCGUGUUACAAUACUGAAUUCUGAUUCAAAUUCAUUACAAUUUUAUAGUCUUAAUCAUGUUAGAAACUUAUUACACCUAAACAUUUUUAUUAUUACUUUUGGUCGCUAACACCUUUAUGUUUUACACACAAAAUUUGCAGGUCAGUGAUUUAAUUUACUUACAGAAUAUUGUCCUUUAUUCUAACUAAACCAUGUUUAUGAUGUACAUGCACAAAACACAUGAACUAAGAAAACAACAGAAACACUUGGUCUUUCAAAUAAUUUUAUAAUGCAAUAACCGGAGUCAUUUAAACUAACUAGUUCUGUAAACGUAAGUGCAAAUUGAGUAA